AUGACAUCUACUAUUCCCUAUGAUCCAUUUCCAGAGGAGGAAGAUAAUAAUCCCUUUAGUCAGCAUGAAAGAGAACAGGAAAUUCAACAAGAAUCAACACCGGUACAACAAGAUGUCGACGACAAUCAGCCACAUUCUGAAAAUGUUGUAAAUACGGAUGACCAUAGUAAGAAGGAGGAAACCAAAAUUGCUAUGAAGGAAAGAAUCAACAAUAAGUUGAAAAUAGUAAUCAAAGUCACUGAUGUGGAAAGAAUUGGUAAAAUGGCAGAAAAGAGAGAAAACCCAAUUGUAGUUUUUGAUGUAUCAACAAAUGUUCGUACUUUCAGAAGCUCUACAUAUAAAAAAAGAAGGAAAAGCUAUGAUGAAUUUAAACAAAUAUUCAAAUUCUUGAAAGGAGAAUUGAUUGAGUCGUUUAUUCCGACUUUACCAAUUCAAUACACUAAUUUUGGAAUAAUUAACACCGAAGAUCAUGAUAAGAUGAUUAAAAAUUUCCAAGAAUGGUUCGAUAGGGUGACUAUGGAUCCUCUUGUGGUCCGUAACCAGGAGUUUGCUUAUUUUAUAGAAAGUGACUUUGGAACUUAUGUCCCCAUAAACAAACCGACCGGACAAAUCACUGGACUUAAGAGAAGAACGCUGAAGCAAUUGGCACCACCUUAUGAUAGUGUUACAGAUUUGGCAGAAUUUAGACCACUAGUGAAGUCUAUUUAUCUUUUAUGUCAAGAUAUUCAAGAAAAGUUAUUAAGAUCCAAUAAGACGAAGAAAGCAAUGGUUCGACAAGAGCAUGCAUUUGGUCAAGGUUUUAUUCAGUUAGAUGAGCACAAUAACCUUUACAAAAGAUUCGGUAAAAUGUUAAAGGCUAUCGGUGAUGUAGAUAGUAUUAUAGCCACCAUGGACAUGGCAACUUUAUACGAUGGAAUCCAAUGGAUCGUAACGGACACAUAUAUGAUUAAAGAAGCUUUGACAGAUAGACAUUUAGUAAUGAGAGAAUUACUUCAGGCACAACAAAAUACUAAACUUAAGAAGGAUCAAGCAACCAAAUCAAGAACAAAAAGAGAUAGCAAUCCCUUAAAAGUGGGGGAAGCUAUUGAAAAUUUGGAAGUGGCCUCAGCCAAGGAGGAGGAAUUAACAACACAGUAUGAAAGGAUUACAGAGAAUAUGUCAAUUGAAAGGAAAGAGUGGCUUGAAUGGUACGACUCAUGGGUCAAGAAGACUAUUAAGGAAUAUUCUUUAAAGAAGAUAGAAUAUGAACGUAAGAAAUUAGCAUUAUUGGAGAGAGUACGCUCAGAUGUUAGAAGAGCAGAUGAGCGUGGUGGGUUAUCACGUCUGGGACGUGAUGUAACAUCAACUAAAGGUAGCGAUGUAUCUCAAAGUGUUGAAGGUGAUAGCUGGACAGGUGAGAUCCGCCAUCGAAGUAUAGAUGAAGUUGAAAGAGUGACGCAUACAGAAUUUGAUAAGACACUUGAAGAAGAUGGUCUUGAUGAUCUUGAAAGUACUAGUAAGGUGCAAGAGGGACAAAAGGAUCUUUUAGAUGCACGCAAUGCAGCAUCUCUUUUGGGGAUAACUAGUUUUUAA